AUGGGCUCUGCUGCUUCAAAACCUGCCCGGUCAGCUGCUGGCGCAGCGACACGGCGCCAAUAUCCUAAAAAGCCUGCUCCUCCGCCGAGAGCACCCGCCGCGCCGCCAAAGAAAACCCAAGAAUCAAAACCUACACCGACGCCUGCUCCUACACCACCACCAGCUCGAGCUCCGGCUCCUGCACAGGGCCCAACAUAUCACUCCAAGGAGCAACCCUCCAUCACAAAAUCCAAUGCCAUCGAUCUUGACGGCCGCGAUCCCGACUUUGCCGCCUCCCUUCGCUCAAUCGGCCCCGUCGAUCCAUCCGGCAACUUCUCACACCCUAACCCCUUCAAUCGCGGCACCGUGCAAACCGUCUUCCCUACAUCCUCAAACCCAGCCUUGCUAGUCGUCACAGCACGCCAGCGCAUCACAAAGGCUGCGCAAGAGGAGAGCCUAGCUGUUGGAAACGCCAAUUUCCCAGGCCGCCAGUUCCUGGAUUCAUUCACCAUCAGCCAGGCGCUGACGAUGCGUGACCAGCAGGGUUUGCCGAGUAGGGAUAUUGAGAGGACAUUGAGGUUGAAGAGCGGGACUAUUGAUAAGCUUGGAAAAAGUGGAAUUGUGUCGCGGGCCGCUUGA